AUGUCGACCACCAACAUUACUAUUACCACCGCUACCGACAGCGACGACGUCGCAAAGAGCCUUGCGCGGGAAUUGGCAGGGUCGAGUGGGGGCCAGGGUCGCGCGCUCUCACCGCCGGAUUCUAACAUCGCCGAGGAUUGCAAGGAGCCGGAGCCGGCGCCGGAUGACCUGCGCAUAAACAACUCGGCACUAGCAACGACGACAGCGGUAGAUGAGACCACGAAGGGUCGAAAGCAAGAGAAGAAAGGAGAAGACAAGACAAACAAGGCUCCCCGCGGAAAGAAAAGAAACAUUACCGACGUCGCCGGCGCAGAGCCCGAGACCGAGCCAAAGCGAACAAGAGUUGUAAACAACAAGGCUCCCCGCGGAAAGAAGAGAGAGAUUACCGACGUCGCCGGCGCAGAGCCCGAGCCCGAGCCAAAGCGCACAAGAGUUGUAGGCCUCAAAAAUUUGGGAAACACUUGCUAUAACAAUGCCGUGAUCCAAGCCCUAAGCCACACCGCUCCCUUGCGAGAGUACUUCGUUCAGCGUGCACUCCCGGAAGCUCUCGAGCCAUUGGAGUCGCAACCGCUGGUGAAAGCGGCGGCUCACACGGGUCGUGCCAGGACAAGAAGGGAAGCUAGACUACAGGAACAGCUGGAGUCUGAAAUUCCGCAGGAUGUCAACCUUUGCAACGAGUUUUCAAGGUUGAUCCGUUCAAUGUGGGGAAUCGGAACCUCGAGUGCGGCGGAUGCGCCAGCGUCCAAGCGGCGCCGUCGUAAUCCUGGCGGGUUGGCUCCGGUGGUCUCGCCAGAUGCAUUUGCGGGUGCCGUUUCGGCCCUGCUACCGCUUUUCCAGGAGAGAAACGAACAGCAGGAUGCCCAGGAGUUUCUGCGGUGUGCUCUGGAUCAAAUCCAUUCUGAACUUAAACUUGAGAAGGAGGACCAGGCUAGCGUGGAUUCCGAGGAUACAAUCGUGAAUCACGUGUUUGGAGGAAUGCUUUGGAACAAGAUCUCGUGUCUUGCCUGCAGCAAGUACACCAUCAAGGCGGACCCGUUUCUGGAUCUCAGCCUCGUCAUCCCCGAAGGCCGCCACGUCACUCUCGAGGAUUGUAUUGACCUGUUCUCGCUAUCAGAAGAACUUGAGACCACCGCGUCCGCCACGCCCUCCACUCCCGCUUCCCCCUCCGCUAGAUCUUGUUAUGCGUGCGGUUCGGAGCAAGGGUUUACCCAGAAUAUCAAUCUCGGCGAGCUCCCCCGAAUCCUUUGUAUCCACCUAAAGCGCUUCCGCUGGAAACGCAACGGCAAGCAGAAGGUCGACACGCUCGUGCGCUUUCCGCUGCAGGACCUGAAUCUAUCCCGUUGGCUCGGCGACGGCGAAGAGGACGGUAGUCAGGCACCACCGCAGAUAUACGAACUCUACACCGUCGUGGUCCAUCAAGGAAACGGAACGAACUCGGGACAUUAUUUCGCCUACGUCCGAGACCACCAAAACCAGUGGUGGAGCCUCAACGACGAGCGUGUUUCCGCCGUGGGCCCGGAACAGGUCGCUAAGUCCAAGGCUUACCUGCUGUUCUACCGCCCCCAGGAGACGCCUUCCACUCCCGCCACCCCCUCUCCCUCUUCCUUGACUACGGUCGCCGCCAACACCCAGCAUUAA